UGCGGCUUGGAGUGUCAGCGGUCUUUGUUUCUUGUUGCAAAAAUUGUAUCAAUUACCCAAUUAAUAAAUUGACCCGGGUUUCUCGCGUGUUGGCUGGCUGAUGGAUUUUUGGGAGAAGGGGUAUGACACAUGUUACAGACUCCAACAGUGUACAUGUCGCCUCCCGAAGGAUCAAUGCCGCCAGUGGGCAGGCAUUUUCCGAAUACGCUUUUACUAGAUUGCAGUAGUCUAUAAGCCAUCAGAUAGUCUGAUAAUUAGCGAACCUCGGACAAGAUCCACAAAGUUUAACCUGAAAAACAGCCUGGUACCUAGGCAACAAGUAUAGUCGGGUUGGACGACUCUGAUCAGAUCCAUCAAGUCUCGGGCGAUAAGAUUAUCCAUGAUUCCCCCUGAGCGUCUCAGCCAUUCGGCAGAUAACCGAAAGCUCCGACUCGGCCGUUGGGUGUCGGGUGCCGGCUCCCAGGCAGGGGCAAUCGCAUCGAAUUAGUAUUUAAAAUUAACUUUGCAUUCAAUAAGAGUUCACGAAAGCAGGCGGUUCAGUUUCGUUUCGGUGGUUUGUUGACCGCCUGGAUGAGGGUGAUAUCUCUCGCAUAAUCAAACUUUACAUUCUGUACAGAAUCGAUCAUAAAUAAAGAGCAGCAGACGUACAAUGCCCGAUAACGACAAUGUUGGAGAAAGGCAAACAAAUGGUUUGGCCCACAACAGAGAGCAGUCGUUGGAGCUGCAUUUCAGCCAAGUCAACUACCACUUGAAGACUGCCACAAAGGGUUUCACUCAGAUACUGAACGAAGCUUGCGGAACCUUCAAAUCGGGCCGACUGACGGCCAUUCUGGGCCCAUCAGGGGCUGGUAAAACCACGUUGCUCAAUGCUCUGGCUGGUUUCAAAAUCACAGGAGUUUCGGGGCGGUUCCUUUUGAAUGGUCGACCCAGAGAUCUGAUGGCCUUCAGAAAAAUGUCGGCCUACAUUGCCCAGGACUUUGUAAUGCUGAAUCUGCUGACUGUCGAGGAGACCUUGUGGGUCUCCGUAGACCUGAAGACGCCCAGCGCUAAAAGCGCGCAGGAGAAGCAAAAGAUUAUAGAUGACAUCAUAGACAUACUGCAGCUCCAGUCCUGUCGACAGACUCUAGUGGGGAAAAUCUCCGGAGGCGAGCAAAAGCGUCUGUCCAUUGGCAUUGAGCUCGCUACGAAUCCCCCCAUCAUGUUCUUCGAUGAGCCCACCAGUGGCUUGGACUGUGUGUCCAGCUACCAGGUGAUCUGCCACCUGCAGCGCCUGUGCCAUGAUGGAAGGAUUGUGGUGUGCGUGGUGCACCAGCCGGGCUCCCGACUCAUGCAGCUGUUCGACGAUGUUCUGGUCCUGGCUCAUGGCGAGGUCUUGUACGCCGGAGAGCAGCGAACAAUGCUGGCCACCUUCGAAGGGUCUGGCUUCACAUGUCCCCAGUACUAUAAUCCAGCAGAUUUUGUGCUGGAUGUGUGCAGCGAAUCCUCCACCACACAGCGUUGUGAGUCGCUAAUCUCCCAGAAUAAGCUAACACAUUGCCCCAGCGGGACCAACAUCCAGAAGCUCAAUGUGGGUGAGGAGGCAGCGCUCAUCGAGAUGCCCCAACAAGCUGCCUGGCCAGACCUGGCCCAGGUGCGAGUCAAGGAGCAGGUGGGGUUCUAUUUCCAGCUGCGAGUGCUGCUUCGGCGCCACUUGCGCUCCAUGUCCAGGGAUAUGAUUGCCGUCCAGCUGCGACUUAUUAUGCAUGUUGUGGUCGCUCUGCUCCUGGGCGUGGUGUACUGGCAAAUAGGCAGCGAUGCCGCCAAAAUAGUGUCCAACGUCUCUUGUCUGCUCUUCAUCAUUCUGUUUGUGUUCAUUGGCAACGCCAUGCCCUCGAUCCUGCUAUGCCAGCAGGACUCUGCGGUCUUCAUCAGAGAAUACUACAACGGCUGGUACUCCUUGCGAGCCUACUACAUAUCCAAGGUGCUGGCGGACCUGCCCCUCCAGCUGACCUGCCCCACCAUGUUCAUCAGCAUUAGCUACUUCAUGACGGGCCAGCCGCCGGAGUUCGAGCGCUUUGCCAUGUGCUGGGCUGUCUGCGUGAUGACCGGCUUUAUUGGCCACUUCGUAGGCGUGAUUUCCGGCACACUGUUUAGCAUGCAGAUGUCCAUCUUCCUAGUGCCCAGCGGAACGAUUCCGUUUCUCCUCUUCUCUGGCUUCUUCAUUCGGCUGAACGAGCUCUCCUGGUUCCUGCGCCCCAUCUGCGAUUUUUCUUUCUUCCGCUACAUAUUCGAAGGUCUCCUGCGAGCCAUCUAUGGCUAUGGCCGAGGCGACCUCGACUGCCAUGCGAACUUUUGCUACUACAGAACAGCAGAUCAGUUUCUCAGGGAUUUCGGCAUGGCGGGCGACGAGUUUGGCUGGGACAUGGCUGUGCUGGGGAUUUUCGUUGCGCUGCUAUUGUUUUUCUUUUACGUGACAGUAAACUUUUGUGUUAGACGAGCGCUAAGAUGACCCGCAAAGUACAAUUUCUUAGUUUCCCAAUGUAAUUCUUGAAAAUAAAGUAUUUUUACAAGUGGA